AUGGACCAGGGGAGUGAAUCUAAGGAUCAAGUUGAUCAGAAAGUCACUGCGGCGUUUAAGGCUGUUGUGGCAAUAGACGAGAGUCUUAAGAAGGAUUUGAGGACAGUUAAAGAGGAGAUUAAGAAAGGGAUUACAGAAGUGAUUGAGAGGUUGGAAGUUAAUCAAUUGGGUGAUAAGGUGAAAGGGGAUUUGGAGAGUUUGAAGGGGAAGAUUGAGGGACUUAAAACAGAGGUUGAUCAACCAAAUGGAGAGAGCCUCGUUAAAAAUGAGUUGGAUACACUAAGACAGAAAAAGGGUGACUUGGAUAAUAACACUAUUAACAAAAUUACGGCGGCUGAAAAGGAUCUUGGAAAUAAGUUUGCUCAGUUUAUCCAAAAUCCGCUUAACGGUAAAGUCACUGCAGUUGACACGGCGAUUGGGACGCUUGGCGAGCAGUUUCAACUGCAGGGUAAAAAGAACAUUGAAGAGGUUUUUAAUAAGAUUAAAGGGGAAGUCGAGAAGAUUAAGGGGAAGCCUGGGACAAGUUGGACUAAUGAAGGCGGCUCAGGCCUGGAUGGCAUUCAGUCCAAGGUGCAGAGUUACUUUAGCGACUUCAGCGGGGAGUCGACGUUCAAGAAGAUAGUGAAGGGCUGGCUGGACGACACUGUUUUACAAUUCAAUGGCUCCCUGAGGCGUACGCUAAACUGGGGGGAGUUGACCGGUGAUCAAAGCUACCACAGCCAUCUGGCCACUGCCAUCAGUAGCAGGCUCAACGUCCAGUAUCUUGAUGAAGACAAUGGUGACCGAAGCUUCAGAGAAGCUGUGAGUAAAUUAAUGCUCGACGCCAGCAGCAUGACGAGCAAAAUUAAAUACGUCCACGACGUUUGCCAGGAGUUUGCCAAGGUUAUGGACAAGGAACUGAAGAAAAAGGGUAAUGGCGGUAGCGUCCCUGACAUAGUCAACAAGGUUAAAGAGGCGCUGAAAAGUGAUAGCAGCAGAUACGGCGGCGGCAGAACAGAGGCUGCUAGAAAGGCCAUAGAAGAGGCCGCCAAAAAUUGCAUCUGUAGUUGUGUUCCGCACUGCAGUAUAAAAAAUCCUGAAGGCUGUGCGAAAUGCCAAAACCCAAAAUGCAUAAUCUCGCAAGUCGUCGACUCCACCCUGUCGGGGCUUUCAACCGCCGCCAGGCAGGUGAGUAAGGAGCUGAAUUCAGUGUUUCUCAACAUACCCGAUGACAUCAGCAACGGAGAUCCCAGUAAAGGAAGCAUCGCAGCCAUCUUGGACACUAUCACUCCAAUUGCUACUGACCUUGACAAGGCGCUGAAAGGAGCAACUGAGCCACAACCUCCCGGAACCUCCGGCAAAGAUGAAAGCCCCGCCAAAGCCGUGGACAGUAGGUUGGAGGAAGUGAGGAAUGAGGUUGAGCAGGAGAUUACAAAGAAAUUUACUAACGAAGUAACAAAAGAUCUUAAAGCUGUGGUCAAACAACUUCCCGGAGCCGUUAAAGAGUUCGACAGUAAAGCUCAAGACCAGAUCAAGGCCGCGGCCAAGACGGCAAUUAAGGAGGCGGCUGGGAAAAUAAGUGAUCCCAGUGGCAAAAUAAAUCUUGGUGCUGACCUCAUGAACGAAUUUAGCACUCAGUUCUCUCAGAUCACUAAUGACAAAACCGGCCUCCAACCAACACUUCAAGGUCUGGUUGAUACACAUAUUGGAAGGGAUAAGAUUGGCGUUACACCAUUUGUUAUGGUAGAUACAUUCAUAAUUACUGCACAAAAUUUUGAACAAUAUUAUAAGCAUGUGGAUCAAAAUCAACUCAGACAUAGGAACCGUAAGCUAAAAGGUGAGAAAGACGAAGGCUCUCUUCCAGGGGCGAUCGGGAAGAUCAAGACUCUAGGUCUGAAAGAGCUUAACAUCAUCGAUCCAAAAGGAAGUAUCCCACCAGAUCAGAAGAUUACCGAAGCAACCUUCACCGGCCCGUUCGACACAAUUAAAUCAGAGCUUGAAGGGAUCAGGAAAUUGGUUGGUGAGGACUCAAAUUUUAUGGAUGAAGGUAGUAGAGUCAAACAGUUUUUGAUUGUGAAUAUUAUGCGCAACAAUACUAAACCAUAUGUUCUCCACAAAUAA